AGUAGAGGAGGCUGCUCAGGUGAGGGAGGCGGCUUUCGGGGAAAGGGGCUGCGGGGACCUCGAGCCAGGGGCAGGCCGGAGAAGCGUGUCGUGGAGGCGCGUCACUUUCCUCGCGUCCUGACGCGCAAUAGGCUCCAUUCUAAAUUCUGCAUCUGCCCGUUGCCUAGAGGGGCGAAAGCGUCUCUUCCCUUCUUUCCGUGCAAUGCACCCUUCGCACUUCCUACUAGUUGCACGCUUCUGCCUGGCGCCUUCUAAGGCCUGUUGGCCCCCUUCCGACUCAGGGUGCAUGCACUUGUUUGGGCCUACUCAGAAGUAAGCCCCAUUGAGGACAGUGGGACUUUACUCCCAGGUAUACCUUAGUGUGGGAUGUCAUCAUCUGAAGAGAACAGCACAAGUCCAGUUUUGCCAAAAGACUCUGAUCGAGGGAGUUCUGUUUCUUCAGAACUUCAGGAUGAAUAUGAAGAGCUGCUUCGUUAUGCUGUAGUUACCCCAAAGUUUGAACCAAGUGUAUUACGGCAGUCUGAUCACCUAGAGGUUCGCCAGAAGUCUGCAGGAAUAAGUCCAAUAAUGGAUGAACGCAGACAUGAAACUGCAGCAAUGAGACGGAGGAGACAUGGGAGACCUUCUGAUUUUGCUACAUCUACUCGGACAACAAGGAUAGAAGUUUCAACAGCAGUAAAGGAGCCGGCUCGUACGAACGUGGGAGGACUUUGCCCAGUCCGUUCAGAAGACACUUCUUCAGAAGGGUCCUCAUCUAGUCAAAGAGAUAUUCAAGAGUCAAAUGUGACUGAUUUAAGCCUUUCAGAUGAAAGAGUGACCCAGAUAGAGAGCAUACUUGAUCUCUGGAGUGGAAGUCUUAAGACCAAUGUUCUGACUGAACUGAGCAAAUGGAAGCUUCAUUUCAUUGAACAUCACACGCUAGAAUUGAGACAAGAAAGAGAAAAACAUGCAGCCCAUGUGAGACAAUUGACCAAUCAGAUGGAGAACCUGAAGGAACUGCUGCAUACAUAUGAGAUUUCAAUAGGGAGAAAAGAUGAGAUAAUUGCCAAUUUGACACAUGCAAUUGAGAAACAAAAGGACAGGAUAGAGCUAAUGAAGAAAUUCUCAAAGUGGCGUCUUCAGCAUUCCAUGGGCAAACAAGAUGACAAACAUGAGAUGUACACAAAUAGACUGGCUGAUCGGUUAUAUGAAAUGGGUUUAUUGAAGAAAGCUUGGGCAACUUGGCGCUCUCGCAUCCAUGUAAAAUGGAAAGAGACUGUGGAAAAGGCCUGUCAAUCAAGUGCUGAAUCUGUACGUGUUUCGCUAUCCAAUACCUAUGAAUCUCAACUUCAAGAGUUAAAUGUUGCACUGGAGAAGUCGAAAUCUGAGCUCAUGGAAAUGCAGAACAAAAGACAGGAUUAUGAAGAUGCUAUGAAGAAGGCUUUCAUGCGUGGAGUCUGUGCAUUGAAUCUGGAAGCAAUGACCAUAUUUCAGGGCAAAGAGUUCAAAUUUGACCAUGUGGUUGAGCUAUCAGAUAGAACAGAACCUGGUGCUGGCACUGGUAGUUCUGGUGGUCCUACAGCAAAGCUUCCUACAUCUCACUUUGAUCGGCAUUUACCCCCAUCCUCCUCCUUGCCGCCGCCGCCACCACCACCACCUCCUCCUCCUCCUUCCACUCCUCGUCCUCUAACUGCGGCUCCAGGCUCUGCUCCUGUAGAGGAUCUGUUUUCUUCUCACCACGGCCAUGCAGUAACCUCACAGACCAGAUUAGACUCGGCUGCUAUGGUAUUGGCCCCUGGUACUGCUACAGGGUCAGGCGUUGUGUCCAUUCCAAAACUGUCCUCGGGUCGAGUUGUAACUUCAGCACAACAGAAGGCUGGAAGGACAAUCACUGCUAGAAUCUUCGGCCGGCCUGAUUUUGCACUAAAGAAUCGGAUUUGUAGUAACCUAGACGUGUUGGGCGUUUCUCCUCCCAUGAAUUCUGUUGUUGUGGAAAAACAUCAUCCAGUCACUAAACAAACCAUACCUCAAGCUACUGCUGCUAAAUAUCCUCGAACUUUGCACCAAUUUUCUAACGCUAUCAGUGCGAGGUCUUCAGGACACAGUGCGAAAUCUCACUCCCAGACCCACAGCAACGUCCAGUCAAUAAAGGUGGUUGACUAGUUUUACAGCUUAAAAUGCUUGUAUUUUACCUUGAACACAUGGAGGCAAAAAUUAUAGGUUACAGUUUAAAAUGCUCCCUGAUGUUUAUACCCCAAGGAUGCAUCAUGUUUUUCCUUUCACUAAUAAUAAUAAAUAUGUAAAAAUGUUUUGAGGCUUAAAUAUAAACCGCCUGAGUUAGUGCAAUGUAGUUCUUUGUAACUGCAAAUAAGGUCUACUUGAAAUUCUUAUUUUCUUAACUAUUUUAUUAAUGAUUAUUUAAUGUUUUUAAUAAAAAGGAUAAACUGAACUCUA